GAACUUUGAUUCCGAGUGCCUGAACGUCGGCGGACACUAGAGCCAGGAACACAGGGACAUCCGGCUACUCCGGAAGUAGAGGUUUCCCACGCUCCUUAAGCUCCUCCCCCGGCGGCGAGCCAGCGGGCUAGCAUGGCGGGGCGGGCAGCGGGGUUGCUGCUGCUAGCGGGGGCUGCGGCGCUGGCGAGCGGCUCCCAGGGCGACCGCGAGCCGGUGUACCGCGAGUGCGUGCUCCGAUGCGAAGAGCGGAACUGCUCCGGGGGCGCGCUGAGACACUUCCGCCUUCGCCAGCCAAUCUACAUGAGCCUAGCAGGCUGGACCUGCUGGGACGACUGUAAGUACGAGUGCAUGUGGGUCACCGUGGGCCUCUACCUGCAGGAAGGCCACAGAGUACCUCAGUUCCAUGGCAAGUGGCCCUUCUCCCGGUUCCUGUUCUUCCAAGAGCCUGCCUCUGCUGUGGCUUCCUUCCUCAAUGGCCUGGCCAGCCUGGUGAUGCUCUGCCGUUACCGCACCUCUGUUCCGGUGUCCUCCCCCAUGUACUCCACCUGUGUGGCCUUCGCCUGGGUGUCCCUCAAUGCUUGGUUCUGGUCCACAGUGUUCCACACCAGGGAUACCGACCUUACUGAGAAAAUGGACUACUUCUGCGCCUCCACUGUCAUCCUGCACUCCAUCUACCUGUGCUGUGUCAGGACUGUGGGCUUGCAGCACCCAGCUGUAGCUGCUGCUUUUCGAGUCCUGUUGCUACUGCUGCUGACCGCACACGUCUCCUACCUGAGCCUCAUCCACUUUGAUUAUGGCUACAACCUAGCGGCCAACGUGGCUAUUGGCCUGGUGAACUUGGUGUGGUGGUUGGCCUGGUGCCUGCGGAACCAGCGGCAGCUACCUCAUGUGCGCAAGUGUGUGGGGGUGGUCUUGUUGCUCCAGGGGCUGUCCCUGCUGGAGCUGCUCGACUUCCCACCCCUCUUCUGGGUCUUGGAUGCCCAUGCCAUCUGGCACAUCAGCACCAUACCCGUCCACAUCCUCUUUUUCAGCUUUCUGAAAGACGACAGCUUGUACCUGCUGCAGGAAUCCGAGGCCAAGUUCAAGCUGGACUGAAGCCGCAGGGAGCCAGUCUACCCUGUGGGUGGCCCUGCACCCUCCCUGCUGACCUCCUCCCCUCAACCCCCAAAAUUUUGACCUUUUCCUUUUAGCAUCUUGAACUUGGACACGAGGGUGGUGGGCUCAGAAUCAUGUAGUUGCGCAUUCCCUGCAGGCCUCUAGGGUCUGAUGCCAGAGAUGGUGCUGCCCAUUUGGUUCCUGGAGCUGGGCAGCAGAGAGAAUGGGACUAAGGGCUUUCCUGACUCCACUGGGAGACAGACCACCAGUGGGUCCUGCCCCCAGACGCCCUCAAGGGCUGGGUCCCAGAACCCUCUACAGACCUGGGAAACCAGUGGCCCCAGCCUUAGAAGGUGCAGUUAGGGUGGGCCCCUUCUAUUGCCCAGCUCUUCUCUAGGGCACCACUAGGUGGCACCAGAUACUUGCUCUUUGGCUUGGGAACUCAAGUUCCCGAGGGACCUAGGGACCUUGGAGGAACUGAGCUGCGGGAACUAGGAUGGGAGUGGGUUUCGUCCUGUGGCCCCAGCCAGAGCCCCAGGAAGCCUCACCAUACUCCUCCUCAGGACCUGGGAGAGCCCAGGACGAGAGUCCUGCACUGCCCUUUCUGGUGGGGAGGCCUCCUUAAUGCAGAGGAAUAUGGGCCAGGCCAAGCUCAAGGGGGACUGGGCUGGGGACUGAGGCCUAGAUGUGUAGUGUGUGGAGUGUGUGUGUUCAGGGGCAGGUGGGUUAGAAAGAUGUGUCUGGAAUGUACUACAUUGGGGGUGGGGGCAGGGAGUGAUGGACCGGGAUAGGAGGAAUCAAGGACCUAUUGCAAUCACUAAGCACCAGUUUUGCCUGAGGCCAGCCAGGCAGGCAGAACAUCCCAGUGGUGAGGCUAGGGCUGGGGUCCAGGCUGUGUGUGUGUGUGUGUGUGUGUGUACCUUCACCACCCCCUCCCAACUUCACAGGGUGCAGAAAAACUGGGGCACCAGUUUGUCUCAUCCCAGUGCCCUGUGCCAGGCCCCACCAUACCUUGCUCUCUGGGAAAGGACUAAGGCAGCCUGAGGGAGAAGGGGAGAAAGCCUGUGGCUGGGUGAGCCCAGGACGUCUGUGAGGCAGGCGGGGUACACUGUGUCCUGGCAAAGGUGACCCCUUGGUGGUUGCCAGCGGCAGCUCUGGCACAUUCCUGCCCUCCUCCUUGCCCCUCGCAAGAAUGGAAUGUGGAGCUCCGGAAACUUUCCUGAAGGCCAUGUCUGUGCCUAACACAGGGAGAUGGGGUUUUGCUCUGUCCCUGCCCCCAUGCCCCGUCUCUCCCUGUGGCAAUGGGAGGGCCUAUGCC